CUUUAAUUUCAGGAUGACCAGAUUUAAAAAGUUCGUUAUGACUGUAAUCUGCCAUAUGUCCCCCCCCCCCGAAAAAAAACCCAGUCGAGCAAUUGCGCAAUGUGACGUGCAACAGAUGUCGUGUUAGUGUGUGACCGUGACGGGAGUGGGAGCAGUGUAACCACCGCGGGCGCCUGUCACGUCGAGGGGUGCUUCGGAGAUUAAAGUGCUUGUGGUGGGCUUGGGCGCGGUGCCUCUGCACACUGUACCGUAGCAUGGAGGAAUAAAACACAUGACCGUAGCCAAGGCCUACAUGCUGACAAAAGCCAAGGAAGGUAACCUAUAACUUCACUCUGCAAGCGCCCGUUCUUCAAUUACCCACUGGUGCCUGUAAUGCUGCGAUCUCACACCACCCAACUGUUCUUGAAGUGCUCUCAGAAUGGCUAAAGUUGCUCUCUUUCACACUAUCAUGCCGAUAUGUUUGAUGUUGGUUAGUCCCAUAGCUGCACAGGAAAGUACACUUUAUGAAGCACGCCUUGCUGAUGGACCCUACCCCAACCAGGGUCGCUUGGAGGUGCGCUUCAAUACCAUUUGGGGCACUGUCUGUGAUGAUGACUGGGACAUUAAGGAUGCUGAAGUGGUAUGCGGCCAGCUAGGCUUCCCCUCAGCCGUGGCUGCUCUCAGUGGUAAAGACACUGUCAGUCUGUAUGGACAGGGAAGAGGGUCGAUCUUCUUGUAUGACGUGGACUGUAACAGCACCGAGGAGAACAUUGGCUAUUGCGGGCUGGAUUACCCAAUAGACCACAUAUGCGAUCAUUCUGAAGAUGCCGGCGUGGUUUGCUACAGCGAGAAUUACCCGAGUGAUGACCCACGGCCUGCCCAAGAAUAUGAUCUGCGGUUGGUUGGCGGCUCAUCCUAUAGGGAGGGACGGUUGGAGAUUUUCUUCCAGGGAGAAUGGGGAACAGUGUGCAGUGUAUUGAAUAUGCCAGAGGCAUCUGUGGUUUGUCGUCAGCUAGGGUUCCCUUAUGCAUCUGGAGUCCAGUCCUUUGGGCACGGCGAAGGAACUUUAGUCAUUGAUGACUUGAAUUGUAACGGCGAUGAGGCCAGUAUACUAGAGUGUUAUCACAAUGUGCUGGGCCUGACGAACUGUAACCACGUGAGGGAUGUUGGAGUCAUCUGCUCCGACGUUCUCAGCACAGAGAUACCAACGACAUACAGUCCUGAAAUUGAAGCUAUUUUAAAGAAUGGCGUAUUCCGAUUGGUGGAUGGACCAGACCCUUAUCAAGGCCGAGUGGAAGUGUUUGUUAGCAAUGCCUUAGCCUGGAUGCCCAUCUGCAGUACAGGCUGGGACUUUACCAGAGCGUCAUUUGUGUGUAAGAAGCUGGGCUACCGACCGGCAACGUCAGCUGGAACAGGACGCUAUGGUGCUGGUGCUGGCCCCAUUGCCAACUGCUCAGCAGGGUCGUUUGACUACGAAGGGAGGUUUAACUGGGAAAGGGACAGCUGUGUAGUUGUCAAUGAAAGCGAUGCAACCGGUGCAUGCUCUCAUGACAUGGCAGUGGAUGUGGUUUGCAGCGGCACAGAGCCAGGCAAGGAGGGGUACAUCAGAUUUGCUGGUGGGUUGCGACAAUUAGAAGGCCGAGUGGAAAUUUACAACCAAAAUGUUUGGAAGGGACUGUGCUCAGACGACUGGACAAUGGCGGACGCCCAGGUCUCUUGCCGGCAACAAGGCUUGCCACCCCCCUCGGAGGCGAUUUCAGGGGGGACGUUUGGGAGUAGCAAGGCUGGAGAUAUCCUGCAGACUUCACUGGACUGCACGGGACAGGAGUUUAGUCUGGUGAAGUGCCCCCAGACACCUAGACCCACACCUUGUUCCCUUGGUGAUGCUGCAGUUCGCUGUGGUGAACCAAGAGAAGCUCAGGAAUUUGAUCUGCGACUGACCAAUGGCACAACUGCUCUGGAAGGCUUUGUAGAGAUAAUGUACCAAGGAGAGUGGGGGACAGUCUGCCUUCUGGGCUGGGAGUACAGGAAUGAGGGGAGAGUUGCCUGCCGUCAGCUGGGCUUCCAGUAUGUUGUUAGAGCCACCACCAGGUUUGGACCAGGAGUUGGACAGGUGAUGUUGUCUGCAUUGAUCUGCAAUGGCAAUGAAGAGCGGCUGGUAGACUGCUACCAUAAUGCACCUGGACAGUCAUGGUGUGACCAUAGUGACGAUUUUUGGGUCAUCUGCUCCAACGUUGAACCAGUGACCCCACCUGCAGAAGUUUCACCUGUUGACGGUGAAAUACGACUUGUGAAUGGGUCGGACCCCCACCGAGGUCGCAUGGAGGUCUUCGUGGGUGAAGAGGGGACAUGGGCCACAGUAUGCGGUGAAGGCUGGGACUUCAACAGGGCUGUCAUGGUCUGCAAGGAACUUGACUAUCGGCCCACUACUUCAUUUACCACAGGGAAUUACGGUGGAGGGACUGGUGUCAUUGCCACUUGCCCAGCAUCUGCAUACAGGCUAGACUUGGACAACUGUCAAGUGACAAAUAACUGCGGUCGUGACAUGGAUGUUUUUGUUGUUUGUGGCGGCAGAGAACCAGGCUCUGAGAGUCAAAUCCGACUCGUCAGUGGGUCUGAACCGACAGAAGGACGCAUUGAAUUCUACCAUCAGAAUGCAUGGAGGACGAUCUGUGCCGAUGACUUGACCUAUGUUGGACAGCAGGUCGUGUGCUAUGAGCUCAGCUUUCCUUUCCCCACUCAGUCCAUCCCAGGGGGAACGUUUGGCGAGAGUCCAACCUAUGAGAUUUUAGAUGCAGUUGUCAAUUGUACUCUGCAGGACACUCGUUUAAAAUACUGUGCUCAGUCACCGAGAGCGACGCCUUGUGUUGGUGGUCAUGCUGCAGUGCAGUGUGGCAUAUGGAGUAACGCCACCGAAGGGGACGUGCGCCUUAGUGGUGGUCGCUCUGUGUUGGAUGGGCUAGUGGAGAUAUACCACAAGGGCCAGUGGGGAGCAGUCUGUAACGAUAAUUUUGAUACUGACAGUGCGGCCGUUGUCUGCCAUCAACUGGGCUACCGUGACCAACUGUCCCUGUUUUCGAGUGUUGGUUACUUGAGAAGAAACCCUUUGGUGUGGCUGAGGGACCUGAGUUGUCAGGGCUAUGAGGAACGCAUCUCCGAGUGUGUUGCUUUGCUGGGGGAACCAGUGGCAUGCCAAAGCAGUCGCAUGGCGGACGUCAACUGCGACGGUCACCCUUUUGCCAAGACUUACGAAGCACGCCUCAGUGAUGGACCUUAUCCCAACCAGGGUCGCUUGGAGCUGUUCUACGACGGUGCUUGGGGCACCGUCUGUGAUGAUGAGUGGGACUUUAAGGAUGCUGAAGUGGUUUGCCGGCAGCUGGGCUUUCUUUCAGCCGUGGUCCCUCUUAAUGGUAAGGAGACCAGCAGUCUGUAUGGAUCGGGGGAAGGAGAGAUCAUCUUGUACGAGGUGGGCUGCGAUGGUACCGAGGACAGCAUCAUCAAGUGCAAGCUGUCUUACCCAUAUUACGUUCUGUGCGAUCAUUCUGAAGAUGCUGGCGUUGUCUGCUUCAGCGAGAACUACCCAAGUGAAGACCCACGGCCCAAGGAUCCUGGCAAUGGGGGUGGUUUAUCAAGUACCGCCAUCCGCAACAUUGUCCUUGGGGUCCUGGUGGGUGCCAAAGUCCUCCUGCUCUUGGUUUGGUGUGGUUACAAGUACAGCAAAAAGAUGGCUGAGCCCAGCAUUGUGGUGGUGGGCCCAAACCAGGGAUUCACCAGUGCGGGCAUUGACCAGUAUUCUGCUGUCAGCCAGAAUGAGGAUGCACCACCAACAUACAGCGAUGUCACCAAUAACCCUGGUAACUUUCUCCCAGUUGAUGGCACGGAGCCAGCCAAGCCUUCCUCUCCACCACCAAAUUAUCAGUCUUCUCUUGCCAAAGAGGGAGCUUCAGCCGAUAAUCAGACAACAUCUAUUUAAAAUUAACAUAUAUGCACACUCACUUGCACCUGAAGCCUCUAAAAACUGUUGUCCAGUAAGGUCCUUGUAUGGACCGGACUUAAUCCACAUAAGAUUCUCACUGCCUGCAUGUUAUGGCCCUCUUUCAGGUCCCCACUAGGAAUGUAAGGUUGGCUCACACAUUUGUAACCACAGCUGACCUGACAGAAUUUAUCUGAACUGGAUCUACACGUAACUGGACAAAGUCAAGGUUUUUUGCCAGGAUUUCGGAAACUGGCCAUGUAAAGAAGAAAAUGUGGCUUUGUUCAUGUACAUACGUAUGUGCAUAACUGUACAUGAACACGUGUACAUGUUCAAUGUGCAACAUGACAACCCACAUGCAAGGACAUUCCAUUAUUUUCAAUGGCUACUGUCAUCAGCUGCAGUGAUAUGAAAGAUAUACAGUAAACUAAACUCAGGUUCAGUCGGCACUCUUGGUACCCCCAAAAUUUGUGACGACUUACACGUAGGCCAACUUUUAUUGUGGUGCAGUGGCCCCCACCUUUUUGACGGGGGGGAGAGGCCUGGCCCCCCCCCUCUUUCUCGACGGGGGGGUCCCCCCACUUCUUGCAGGACCUGUAAUUGGGUGGGGCUUAAUGGAUCAUGUUAAUGGCUGACGCCAGAUGGUCUAACAACUCCCCCCCCUUCCACUUUGAAAUCAUUGUGCCGCCGGUGCAAAGCAGAGACUGGUAAUCACUGGAAUCAGUGAACUACUCACGCUUCUUUGGCAAGACUCUUCUGCCAUCGACUCUAACUGUAACUUUAGUGUAUUAAAUGGAAAAAGCUGAAAAAAAACAACAACUCAGGUUUAUUUUACUGAAAACUCUUUUUGAUACUGUGUAGGUAAACAUGAAAAAAAAAGCAUGUGAUACAUAAACUGUCUAACUGUAGAGGGCACACUUCAAUGCAACUGGUCUGUCCAGGUCACUGGAACACUACGCUCAAGCAUGAAACACAGCAUGAAACACGAGUAAUGAGUUUUGUCAAUAAGGUAAUGGGGAAAAAGACUCCAGAAAUAUGGAUGACUUUAACUGAGAGUCAGACUGUGGUGUAGGUUGUUCACUAAUUUAUAUACAACACCAGAAGGAAAACCAUGAGCAGAUAUAUGUCGGUUUUGGACACGUGGCAAUCUCAGACUGAUUCUGGAAGCUUAGAGGCAAGAAUCAGAUGAGACUUGUGGGGGUAUGUGCUCAGUAUGUGCCAGUGGGGCUGAUACUAAGACCAUUAGCCCAAUACAGUUUACUGUACAUUUCGAAUGACGACUUGCACAGUGAGGUUAUGGGGCUAUGAUAGGGAUUCUAACUUUAAGGGUGUUUGAUGUUCCGCGGAGUGGAUUUUUCUGAUGUAUCUUGUCACAAGUGCCAUGCUUGGAAAGACUUGCCUUUUUUUAAUACGAAGCUGGCCUAAAAUGCCGCAUAGUGGCACAAGAUGGAGAACUUCACUGUGGAUAUAUGUUGCGUAAGUAAUGCGCCUGCACAGUGCAUAUUAAUGCACAGGUGCAGGUGCUGGGCCAGGCACCUGCACAUUAACGUGCACUGCAGAGGCGUAUUGCUUGUUUGCUUGAAUGGUGCCCAUGGUGAUUACACCUGUUUGGCAGAGUUCCUCAUCUUAUGCCGCUAUGUGACACUAUAGAUCUUUGGUCAGGAUCUAUCCCUGAAUUAUGUCACCUUUUUUAAAACACAGCUCACAUUGUAUUCACAUAAUCCUAACUCUCUUUGGUACAUGUAUGUGCAAAACCAUCUUAAAAUUGGAGGACUCAGGACUGUAUGCCCCUCUGCGAGGCAGCAGAUGGUCACUGUAGUGUCCGUGAUUUGAUUGAGUCGGCUAACUGAUGGAGAUAACUUGGUGUUACAGUCAAACGUGAUUGACAAACUAAACCUUAAGAUGGUUUCGGGGUUACAUAUUGACAUUCAGCAUAUGAGUAACAGGGUAUGUAAUGCUAAAAGCCCUUACACAAAUGAAACUUAGUCCAUCAUUGAGCGACUUAGUCAAUACAGUUUUGGACAGUGUCUCCAUUUAAUUCAAGAUGUUUUAAGUUUGCAACUCUUGCUUUUCUGUCUCCAAAUCAUGAUUUCAUUUACUUUAUACAGCAAUUGCACCUGUGUAAAAAUUAAGAUCACAUAUGAGAGGGAGUGCUGAGAAUUUGGAAUGGUACCCCAGUAUAUGAGCCAUGUCUCAGACUGCCCACAUUUUAUUUUAUACUGCAGUCAACUACAUGUAAAAAAGGCUUUGAGUUAGUUUUUUGAUACAUUUUAAGGGAAAAGAAAGUUGUACAAAGUUUGCAUGUUAGAAAAAUAAUCCUUUGGAGCCUUCUAAAAGAAGGCAAAAACACAGUGACCUAAGCUUCUUGCUCACACAGAGAAACUUGGUUCAAAUCUCAUAUUGGUAACUUAUUGAACCGUGGUUGAACCAGUCACCUCAUUGUCGCAUCAAGUGAUUAAAACAAUUCCUGUAAUAAAAAACAUUUCAUUCUUCGAACUGGGUUUUACAAGAAUGUGAAACUCAUAAAGGUGAAGCUGGUGGUGAGCUACAUGUAAAGACCAUCCUGAUGGUUGUUAGCUUGCAAAAGGUUCUUAAAGCACGAUUUAAGAACUAACAAAUCUGGUUCAUGCUGCGAUUUUAUUGUCGGAGCAAUUCAACCGAACUGAAAGUCCAGUUGAAAUUUGAAUAUACUGAAGAAUUCAGUAGGGUUUAAUGGUUUUAAAAAAAAUCAGUUUAUGAUAUACUGGCUUCUAAGGGCAUUAAAUGAUGUUGAUUAAACUAUUACUUUUAAAAACUUUAGCACUUUUGGCUUUAUCGUGUACGUCACCACUAAUGCCCUUUACAAAUUUAUACAAAUGUGGGGUAUAUCUUCAGGAAAACCCCUACAAGAAAUUUUCAAUGGUUUAUUUUGCGCUCUGUUGGUAACAUGAUUUGCAGCAUCUCCAUGUGAGACUACGGCAUUCAUAAGUAUCAAACACAGCUACGGCUCUUCACCACUGCUUCUUUUGAUCAAAAUUCGAAGCUGUAGUUGUAGGAGACUGGACUGGAACAUGGCUAUCCGUGUCAUGUGCCAUAGCAUGCAAUCCCAUGUGUUAAGUCAAUUGAUAAACCGGCAGGGCUUCACUGAACAUUUGUGCUGUUGAUGCCCCAGGCAAUUUAUGGAAUCCGUUUUUAGAAUGAAGGGAAAGAACUUGGCCACAUGUUGUUCAGAUUUGAUGCCUUACUUAUCAUCAGGACUCCAUGAUUUCUAGAUCAAACAAAUUUGGGUAACUUUAGAACUAAUUAAUUAAAGUAAGAACUCUUUUGAGAGCCAGGAACUGCUUAGUUCAGGUGUGCAGUGUCACGUGUUACAAAUCAAUUCUUGCCAAUUUCCUUUUUGCCCUCCAUGAGUGCAUUGCUCGCAUGGAUUUGUAUGUAAGGAAAAACACCAACAGCUAAUUAAAGUUUAGUCAUUUAGGGGCAUACAGUGUUUAUAGUAUGCUCAACUCAUGUUAUCUUUAUAUUCUUAUGUUUUUGUGGGCCUGUAAGGUAAACAUAAUAAAUGGUUUUCUGAAAUAGAAUUUUAGAUUUUUAAGCCUUAAAGAGUUGCUAAAAUAAAUUGUUUUAACACGGACCUCUAAAAUUGCACCUUUUUGUCACAGUAAACCUUAUUGUCAACUUUUAUGUCACUAUAUCAAAGGGUAUUUUACCACUUUUGGGUUUUUUGCUAAUGAGCUUUUCCAUAUUCAUUAGCAAUAGGAAAGCACACAUGUAAACAAAGCAUGAUGUCAUGAUGUAGAUCUGUAUAUUUUUGUGCACGGAUCCCAUUACAUGUAAUUUAAAGGUUACUUUAGUGUCCAUAUCGUGUGUUAUUGGGAAAAGUGAUUAUCAUGGAAUACUUGGAAAUGAAGAAUUCAAGUUUUUGGGAUGCCACACCCUUAUUUGUCUUCCAAAGAUGUCUCAAAUUAUAUUCGUAUCUAGAAAGAAAAAUAAAUACAAAGUUUCUGAAAUGAA